UUCAUUCCCGACUCAAUAUGUCUCAAGAUGGCGGCCAAUGCGGGAUCGAUGUUUCAAUAUUGGAAGCGCUUUGAUUUACAGCAACUCCAGUAGGCGGGUUAAGACCUUUUUGAGGUGUUGUCUGCUCCACACACUUCCAGCAGCUGUGGGAAGACUCACACUGAGCUAAUGAAGGUCGAUUAGCUCUACCACUGCUCCCAAGGUUCCUCAUCCAUGUGAACCGUAAACCACGCGCAUGUGUGUGGAAGACGGUGCGGCCCUUGUGUGUGAACAGCGCAUCUGAUGUGCAGUUGUAUCUCCUCACAGAAAGAGCUGGAUGCCACAACCACUGCUCUAGCCAGCAGGCAGAAUGAGAACCAGCAGUCCAGGAAGAAACUCCUGGACCAGACCCGCGAGUUGAAGAAAAACACUCCAAAGGACCUCCGGAAGCAGAUUGCGCCACUCUUAAAAAGCCUCCAGACAGAGAUCGACGCUCUCUGUAAGAGAAACAAAGAAUCGGAGACUGCUUUCCUCAGCGUGUAUAAGAGAUUAAUCGAUGUUCCAGACCCCGUCUCUGUGCUGGAGGCAGCACAGCAGUUUCAGCUCACUGUGAGGAGGAUGCACGACGUGGAGAUGGACAACCCGAAACUGCAGGACAAACUGCAGGAGUAUGACAGAGAGGUCACGCAAGUCAAAGGCCACGAGGUCACCAUUGAAGCACUGACACAGCAUCUGGAACACUAUGAGCAGUUUUUAUCGAUGCAGAGCGGAGGGGAGGAGUCAGAGGCGGAGCCACAGACAGACGCCGCCCAACACCCCACAAACUAUGCAGACAAAGAGAGUCAGCUUCAGGAGAGCCUGAGUUCAGAAGUCCUAAGCACAGCUCUUAAAGACACUCAGGCAGAACUUCAAGAACUGAAGGCAAAGUAUGACGAAGAAUCCAGAACAAAGGCCAGCGAAGUUGAAGCAAUGAUGGCAGAUGUACAGAGAGCCAAUCAGAGAGCCGAGGCAGCAGAGAGAGAGACAGAAAGUCUAAGGGAGCAGCUUGUUAAUGCCAGCAGCUCUUUGCAACCGGCCAGUCAGGUCCACACAGCACCCGACAUGGAACAGGCCGUGGAGGUGUUGUCCUGUAGUAGUCUUGGGGCUGAGCUCAGGGCAAAGGAGCAAGAGGUGGAGCGUCUGUCUGAUGACGUCCAGAGACUCCAGGACAACCUGGCGCAGCUCAGCGACCUGACAGCCAAUCAGAUCAGCCAGUUACAGCAGCAGCUCAGCUCGAAAGAGGCCCACCUGAAGCAACUGGAGGAGAAGCUUCAGGCCCAGUCAGACUAUGAUGAGGUGAAGAGAGAGCUAAGCGUUCUCAGAUCCAUGGAGUUGAGUUCUUCAGAGCCUCCUGCAGCACAGGACUCGGCCAGGCCUCUGGAGCUGCUCUCCCCGGGGACGGAACUCAGCCAGCAGGAUGAUGGAGUCGUCAUCCGGCCAGUCAACGACGACCUCAACGGAUCAGCAGGACAUAAAGCUCGAGUGUCUCCGGCGUGCAGCCCUCAGCCUCUGCCCGCUACACCCGUCAACCCCACCCUACGCCAGCCUUCUCCACCACCACCCUCACCCCAACUCCUCAUGCGGACGGGCACGGCCACCUCUGAGUCGGCGGCCAGCGCCAGCGGCGCCCACCCGUUCUCGCCCACGGGCGUCGGGCCCGACUUCUUCUCGCCCGCCAUGGCCAGCGUGGCCACGGGCUUCGCUCCACUGGCGGGGAAGAUGGCGCUGACCUCCCUCCUGCAGAGGCAGCUGAUGCAGAGCUUCUACACCAAAGCCCUGCAGGAGAGCUCACCCGGCGCGGGGCUCUUCUGCCCCCUGGCCUACACUCCCAGCCCCCUGCCGCCCGCCUCCGCCCCCAGCCCGGACGCCGGCGGCACCGCACCCUCUCCUAGCCGAUCAGAGGGGGCGGGCGGCGCCUCGGAUUGUGAGGACGUAGACACGGCGGAGAUCGCUCGGCAGGUGAAGGAGCAGCUCAUCAAGCACAACAUCGGGCAGCGCGUGUUCGGCCACUACGUCCUGGGCCUGUCGCAGGGCUCGGUCAGCGAGAUCCUGGCCCGGCCCAAACCCUGGAGCAAGCUCACUAUCCGUGGGAAGGAGCCAUUCCACAAGAUGAAGCAGUUCCUCGCCGACGAGCAGAACAUCCUGGCACUAAGGAGCAUCCAGGGGCGUCAGAGAGAGAACCCAGGCCAGAACCUGAGCAGGGUGUUUCAGGACGCUCAGAAGCGGAGAGCAGGCUCCUCUUGGCCAGGUAACAUCACCACCAGGAUUCGCACCCCUGAGAGCGGCUCGGAGGAGGCCGUGAAAUCCGUCCUAGAGCAGGCCAAGAGGGAGCUGCAGGUGCAGAAAGAGAGCACCAAACCACCCCCGUCCUCCUACUCCUCCGACGAGAACAUGCGCUCCAUCCGGGAGCAGGCCCACCGCGAGAUGGAGGCCCAGCAAGCCGCUCUGGCGCAGUCUGACCUUCCGCUCCUGGGCUCCAAGCUGCUGGCGUCCCCCCUGUCGGGUCUGCCCUACUCACAGCUGGCUCUGUCCUUGAAGAAGCCGCCCACCUCCCCCCUGAUGGACCUCCGCUCCUCGGUCAAGCAGGAGAACGACGCCGCCGUGGACGGAGGCGCCAGGCUCUGCAGGGGCGGAGGCGCCGGGUGGAGAGAACAGUGGUGGAACACCAUCCGCCCCGCCCGGCGCGGAGCGGGCAGGCCGCCCGCCAGUGAAGACCUGCGCAGCCAGGACAACGGCAAAGAGGAGAAGCCUCCGCGGCUGGGCAGCGCCCCGCCGACUGGCCCCGCCUCCCUGCUGCUCUCACAGAGGGACUGGCCGAGCGACGUCUCCCCCUUCUGCUCGAGCUCGGAGCUGAGCGCGCAAAUGCCCAACGGGCCGGACACGGCGCGGAGCAGCCCCCUGACGAACUCCUCGCCCCUGCCUGCCCUCGCCAAGGCGGCCAAGCCCGCUGUCACCCCGCUGACCCCAGAACAGUACGAGCACUUCAUGUACCAGGAGGUGGACACGGUGGAGCUCACGCAGCAGGUCAAAGACAAGCUGGCCAAGAACGGCAUCUGCCAGAGAGUCUUUGGAGAGAAGGUCCUGGGUCUUUCCCAGGGGAGUGUGAGUGACAUGCUAUCCCGGCCCAAGCACUGGAGUAAGCUGACGCAAAAGGGCAGGGAGCCAUUCAUACGCAUGCAGCUGUGGCUCAGUGGCGAGCUGCCACAUACACAGCUACGUCUGCAAGAGCUCACGCCCAGGACGUCAGCUAGUUGCAGCCCCGCCCCUGAGUCCCCUGUGAGCUCAGCUGGGGAGUCCGUUAAGAGCCAGCCGGAGAAGCACGGGGAGACCCAGGCCCCGCCCGACCCCUGUGAGCCCUCCCAAUGCCAGCCUGACACGCCCCUCCCCCCCCCCGCCCCGGGACACGCCGGACUCAGCGUCCAGGAGAUGGUGGCUGUGUCUCCUGAGCUGGACACGUACGCCAUCACCAAGAAGGUCAAAGAAGUCCUCACCGAUAAUAACCUCGGCCAGCGUCUGUUCGGGGAGAGUGUCCUGGGUCUGACGCAGGGCUCUGUGUCGGACCUGCUGGCCCGGCCCAAGCCAUGGCACAAACUGAGUCUGAAGGGUCGCGAACCCUUCGUGCGCAUGCAGCUCUGGCUGAGCGACCCGCACAGCGUCGACAAACUGACGGAAAUGAAGCGACUCGAGAAGAAAGUGUGUGUGAAAAGGCGACACAGUUCGGUGAGCGAGAGCGCCGUGCUCGAGAGCGCCGUGUGUGCCGGCGAGUGCAGCGAGGCUGGCAGCCCCCAGCCGUUGCCACGGGAACCACAGGCCCAGCUGAAGAAGCCGCGGGUGGUGCUGGCCCCGGAGGAGAAAGAGGCCCUGAAGCGCGCCUAUCAGCAGAAGCCCUACCCCUCACCCAAGACCAUCGAGGAGCUGGCCAGCCAGCUCGGCCUCAAAACCAGCACCGUCAUCAACUGGUUCCACAACUACAGGUCUCGGAUUCGGCGGGAACUCUUUAUAGAGGAGAUCCAGGCGGCUGCAGGAGAGGGCGGGGAGAAGGGCGUGGCCGAAGGGAAGGGCGUGGCCGAGGCCGAGAGCAGCUGUGAUGGCACCGAGUCGGACAGCACCGCCGAGAGCAACACGAGCAGAGCGCCCGGCCUGGAGGAGGGGGGCGGCCCCGCAGACAGACCCCACCCCCACCAGGAUGCACAGCAGGGCACGAGCAGACACGUGGGCACCUUCGCAGACGCCACGAUGAUCUUCCCAGAGUCCUCGGCCCUGAGCGCCCCCGUCGCUGCGGCUAUGGCCCGGAACCCGAAAGACAGCAGCCUGCGCAGGAAGAAAGCGGCCAACCUGAACAGCAUCAUCCACCGGCUGGAGAGAGCAGCCAAUCGGGAAGAGCCUAAUGUCUGGGAGUUCUGAGCGUCCAGAGAGAGCAGCCAAUCGGGGAGGCGCCUCGCGUCUGGGAGUUCCCAGUGGCUGUAGAAAGCGGCCAAUCAGGAAGAGCCCCGUGUCUGGAGUUUGAAGAGCCGGGCAUUACAUCUCUCCCUGCUGGAACACCCGCCGGCCAGGCGACCCAAGGAACCUCUGGUACCCGCUGUUUUGAUGUACAAGAAUUCUCCAAGAAAAGAUGAAAAAUGAAAAGAGAUGGGGUUUUUUUUAAAUAUUGCUGCCGGGUAAAACGCUUAGAGCCCUGCAGGCCACAGGGCGGAAAGACAUUUGGCUCACCGGUGCAAAAAAGACUCCAAACAUGGCAAAGGCAUUACCACUCACUCACACGCAUCUCUCGCACUGUCUCCGUGUCACAGACAGGUUCCCAUACGGACAAACCCAGCAUUUCCUUCUUUAUAUUGAGUACACAUGUACACAGGGACUCGGCCAAAACGGUCUCCAACCAAAAGUGAAGCACUUCCGAAUGCGUGCAGGUGGGAGGAGCCUCCUCCUGCAGGGGCGUGGCUAUUUAAAUGCCUGCAGGUGGGAGGGUCUUCCUCCUGCAGAGGCGUGGCUAUGCGAAUGCAUGCCAGUGGGAGGAGCUUCCUCCUGCAAGGACGUGGCUAUGCAAAUGCAUGCGGGCGGGAGGAGAUUCCUCCUGCAGGGGCGUGGCUAUGCGAAUGCAUGCAGAUGGGAGGAGCUUCCUCCUGCUGUGUCUCACGCCUAUGCAACUCCAGCACACCUGCUGUUCCUCUCUGAAAGGGAACUGGGGUUAAUUUUAAAUUUCAUAAACUUCUCUUACCUGAGAAAAGAAAAUCCUUUUAUAGCAAUGACAUUGCCACGAAGAGAUUGCACAGUCAGUCGACUCUAAACUAGGGAUUUCUGUGCGUUUUGGAAAGCUAAUGGCCUAAAACAUGAUAGUUAGAACUCUUUAUUGAUUAUAAUCCAAGUUUAAAACUUCUGCUGUUACUAAACGGUCACAUUAGAAACAUGGUAGCCACAUAGUGUUCAUUUCUAGGUUGUUGUAAGUAGUUCAUUUCUGUUUUGCAAAGCUUUAACCAACCUCUUGAGCUUGCGAUUCAAGCUUCUGGGAAUCUUGUUAAAAACUUUCUUUUAGGCCAAAAUCAAUACAGCAAUGCAAGAGAGAAAAAAAGGACCUGUACAGAACAUUGAGAAUUUAUUCUAGAUAUUAAAAAAAAACAAAAAAACAAUUGCCUGCUUUUUAACAUCUAAUAAGAAAAAUACACAUUCGACAACCCAUGCAAGAGGAGAUGUGUCACGGAAGAUACUGUUUUCCUGCUUAUGUAAUGCAGUUUCGGCAUGGGGGAUCCUAGAGAAGACAGAAGCCCCACCCACCUCAUCGCAACACUUUAACUUUCAGGUUCUUUGUCGCAUUCACACUUCAAAGACUGAACAGAUCGCUUCCAUUUCUGCUAACUCAGUACACUACAGCAAUGAACACAUUAUGGUAGAUAUGCUGUACAUGUGCUUUUCUAAUAUGUCACUGAGACUUCAGAUCAGAAGUUGCUAUGGAGAAACUGACCUUGUUAGGUCGUAGGUUUGUUUCAACAAGGGGACUAAACUGUCAACGAAAAACUCAGCACUUACGAUUUAUGAAUUAGAAGUGAAUCUCCAACACGGGGAAGCGUUUAUAGAGUUUUGCUAGUAGUCAAACACCAGUCAACAUGGGAUAUUAAAAGAAGCAUGUGUUUUGACCAGCGUUCAGGAUUCCUGUGGCACUCCUCAGCCAUAUAUCCCUUCAGCCUGCCUCCUGCCAGUCUGCCCACUGCCUCCCACUAGUGGUCACACGUGUGCACUUCAGUUGGUUUUGUAUGUGUCUUUUUCUUAAAAGAAAAGAUGAAUGAUGUUUCCUUGCCUUCAUCAGAAUCCGUGUGAGUGUUGGUUUGUGAUAGGUCUUUUUUUCCCAAGUGAGGGGUGUGUGUGUGUGUGUGUGUGUGUGUGUGUGUGUGUGUGUGUGUGCGUGUGUUAUUGUGUGUGUGUAUGUUAGUACUUACUAAACUAAGGCCCCAGUAUGUUCUGUGAGCUUGUUACCAAUCCUGCAAUUAAUCCAUUUGACAUAUGUUUUUUUUUAAAUAUACAUAUACAUAUAUAUAUAUAAACAAUUAAGAAAAAAAGAUGGAAGACCUUUUUUC